AUGGCUCUAAAUUUAAUAGAAAGAUUAAUAACUUCAUUAUUAAGGAGAUUAAUUAAUAUUAAGCAUAUAUCAAUAAUUAUGGAUGGUAAUAGAAGAUUUGCGAAAGAUAAUGGUUUUCAUUCUUCUUUAGGUCAUUAUAUGGGAUCUAAAGCAUUAAUUAAAAUUAUAGAAAUAUGCAUAAGUUUAAAUAUAAAGAUUUUAUCAGUGUUUUCACUUUCACUAUUCAAUUAUAAUAGAAGCCCACAAGAAAUAUAUUUCUUAUUUUAUUUAAAUUUACAUUGUCUAUCUAAUGAAGAUUUUUUUAAUAAUUUUAUUAAAAACAAUAGAAUACGGAUUAAAAUAAUAGGAAACUUAUCUUAUAUUAAUGAUUUCUAUAGAAAAAUUAUAAAUGAUAUAGAACAAAAAACUAGAGAGUUUGAUAAUUUAAUUUUAAAUAUCUUUUUCUCAUAUACGAGUAGAAAUGAAAUGAGUUUAUGCAAGUUUAUGCCUAACUUGUAUUUUGACACAUAUAAAAAAUUAUUAGAAGAACAAAAUAUUUGUUAUUCUUCCUAUUCUUUAAAAAAUUAUAUCAAUGAAAAUAAUUGCGAACAUUCAGAAAAUAUAAUAAAAAAUGAACAUAUUGAAUCAACAUCAAAUUGUGAAAUAAAAUGCUUUUGUGGAAAAUAUUCUUUUUUAAAUGAAGAACAAUUAAAUAUAUACAAUUAUCACAAAAAAUUACUAACAAGUGACUUACCUCCACCAAAUAUUUUAAUACGAACAUCAGGAGAGAAAAGAUUGUCUGACUUUAUGUUAUAUCAAGUUUCAGAAUUUACAGAAAUUUAUUUUAUUAAUGAUCAUUGGCCAACAUUUAAUUUUUUACAUUUCAUAUAUAUUAUCCUUCAUUAUACUUUUUUUCAAACAAUUGAAUGGGAAUUUUCUUAUUCAAACCCUUGUCCACAUUAA